UUUGUAUAUUUUUGCUGCGUGCUUGCAUUAAACUCAGACUUAGUUACAUACACGUUGUAACUUAUCAUGAUACAUUCAAAACUAUAUUUGUUCAAUUGAGAUCGUCGGUUAUUUUUGAUUAUUUUCACAUAAAAACGCUGCAAAAUUCCAUCUUUGACUUUGAGCAUUAAAAUUUUUUUGAAUUAUCGAAAUCGGAAUUUGAUUGUGAAAUUGGAUUUGGGAUUCUGAAAAUGUCUGGAAGUACGCUCGUUACCAGCCAGUGGUUAAACGACCAGCUUAUAAAUGACAGAAAGAAGAAAAGAAUCCAGAUUUUAGACUGCACACAUUACACAGACGGAACGUCGGCUAAGGAUAAAUUCGAAAAGCUGCACGUCAAAGGCGCUUACUUUUUCAACGUUGUUCAAUGUGUCGACAAAACGAGUAAAAUCAGCAAUAUGUUGCCGGCAGUCGGGCCCUUCAACGACUACGUCAGGUACUUCGGAAUUGCAGCCGACAUCCAUGUUAUAUUAUACGACCAGAGCGAAACUGGACUCCAAACGACACCUCGGGUUUGGUUCAUGUUCAAAGCUUUAUCCCACCGAAGGGUUUCGAUCUUAGAGGGCGGGCUUCAAAAAUGGGUCAAGGACGGGUUCCCGACUAGUGACCAGCUGACGGAAUCUCAGAAACGGGAGUACAAUGCAGGACAAUGGAAGAGACGCGACUCCAUGGUUCUAAACGUGAACGAAAUGAAAGAACACGUGAAAAAAGCGAGCGAGGCUUUGAAGCAGCAAGGUGUUAGUAAUCGAGGAAGUAUAUUGGGCGCAAACAACAGCAACUCUAGCCCUGAAAUAUCUAAGAACGCCAUUAAUAUUAGCGGGGAUACUGAUGGCUCGAAUAAAAGUGUAUAUCAGCCCGCGUUCCAAGUUAUUGAUACCAGGUCUCCGGAAGAGUUCAUGGGUAUCGUUGAGUCAUCGCGAGGAUUCCAUACAGGUCAUAUCGCGGGGUCUAUCAACAUCCCGACCGACAUUCUGGUGGAUCCCGAAACAAGGUCGGCACGGAGUCCCGGCGAGUUGCGAAGGAGAUUUCUAGAUUACGGGAUCGAUGUCUUGUCAGACUCUAAAUUAGUACUGCUCUGUAAUACAGGAAUGGGCUCGACCAAAGUAGCUCUGGCAUUAUUUUUGGCGGGUAAGUUGAGAAUCUGCUUGUAUGACGGGGGCUUCGAGGAGUUGACGAAAACUGUGGACAAAAAAUUGCUGGUGGUCUCUAAGCCGAUGAUUGAGAUAACAGAAAAUGGACCUGACGAUGGAGAUACAAUGAACCAAACCGAAACUGAGUUUGACGACGACACUGAAAGUAACCAAGCAUCAUUCGCAGUUGAAAACUAAACAAAGCAUAAUCAGUGGAUAUCGCAUUUAAUAACCUCAGAUUGUUUUAUAAGAAAGUUUAGAAUUUAAAAAUUGCUUGAUUAUCAAAUAUCGCUUUCGUUGAAGCUUGAG